AUGGAACUUAAUAUGGAAAACGACUACGUCGACAAAAUCAUGCUGAAGUUUUUGAAAGAAAACAGUAAAUUGGCGGGAAAAAAUGAAAGAAUAACCGUCUGGUCACAGUCUACAAAUUACCCAGGAGCCCUCGGGAUUCAUAGUGAAAAUAGUCGUGUAGCAGCUGCCAGGAACAGCACAGCCGAUCAGUCUUUAAAGAACACUGUGUCUGCCAUGGAAUCUAUUCAUAAGAAAGAAAUCAAGUCCAUAGACUUUUCUAAAAGAAACGUUGAAGAUUCUAUGGUCGCCUACAGUCAGAAGAUGAGGCGAAUCUCUUCUGAUAAAUAUUUCGACCGGAUUAAAAUCCAGAAUGAUCUAGAAAAUUCUAAAAAAUGGACAAAUAUGUCGAAACUUUACGAAGAGGCCAUUAGAAACGCAACACCGGAAGUUAAAUAUACGUUGCCAAUCGAUCGAGGAAGGAGUGUCUCACUCUCUCAACCGAAAGUUCCGAAAGCGAAUUCCAGGAAAAUAAGUUCUCAGGAACAGACAAAACCUCAACUGAUCGACGAAUCGACAGGCGCGAAAGACAAUAAACUUAGCAAACGAUCUCGUAGAGCCGGAACAAUAGAUGCGCCUGAAAUCAUUGUGACCGACACGGAAAAAUUACCUCCUAUCACAGACAAAUUACCUGCCCUUGAACACAAAUUAUCUCCCUCUAAAGAUGAAUUGUCUGCCCCUGAGGACAAGUUAUCAGCCCCUGAUGAUAAACCGCAGAAAGACUUCACUGACAAUGAUACAAGCCGACAUCAUCAGAUGGAUAGAACUGAAUCUCCAAGGACUGAUAGCUGUGUAGUUAUCGCCCCUUAUCCAGAUUUCGACAAACUCACAGAAGGUGAAAACAUGGAUGCCAAAACAGCAAAAAAGACAACCAAAAAGAAAAAAGGAAAAAAGACAGUCAAAAAGAAAACUCCAAGAAUAUCAAUUACAGAAGAAAAACCUGACGACGCGGAAUCUUGCCAAAUACCUUCUCCGUCGAAAACCAAAACACAACAGCAACCAGUUGACGAAGGUGGUAUAGAAAAAGCCUCUUCGUCAAGAAAAGUGUCCAUGAGCAAGAAAACAAAGGAUCAGAAUAUCGAAUGCCAUGACGUGUCACCAAGAGGCUUUAAUCCUCACAGACGAAGAAGUUUGUCGAUGCCGACCUCACCCAGGCCAAACGUGAAGCAUAAAUCAUUGGUGGAUUGCAACGGAAAUGAGAUAGUGCUCAAAUCUGUUUUACGUCAUCGCAAAACUAGUGACAUCACAUAUUUAGUGCGCAAGUCUGUUCAGUUUCAACUUCCGGACAUAGACAAACAUGAGUUUGAGUCGUAUACUGAUGUAAAAUGUGAACAAUCGCCGAAUACUGUGAUAAUAGUACGUGAUUACUGA